AUGGAUCCAAUCAUGGAAGAUUCACUACCUGCCUCUAAUGUCUGUGGGGCCGAAGUGCUCCCUGGGCGUAGGCGUGACAUCAGCUUGUCUGUCAAGGGUCGAGUUUUCAAUGCUGCGGUGCGCUCCAUAUUACUAUAUGGAUCAGAAACCUGGCCGCUGCGCGCUGAGGACGUCAAAAGACUUUCACUGUUUGACCAUCGAUGUCUUCGGAGCAUUACCCGAAUCUGGUGGGAACACCGGAUCAGCAAUUCUGAAGUACGUCGAAUGGUAUUCGGGAGAAAUAACUCACCCUCGAUAGAUGAACUGAUCACACUGCAUAGGGUGGAAGAGAGCCAGAGGCGGUCAAACAAUGGCUUGGCAGCGAAGUAUGAAAGCCAUUACCAGCAAACUCAGCUGCGCUGGUCACUGCCGUCUUCCUGGAUGAGGACCCCGAGACGGGCCACAUCAAUGUCUAGAGACAUGGUCAGACAUGGCCCAGUCGCGCCCUCAAUGGCGCUUGUGCACCCAAGCUAUUACCUUCAAUGCAUAGCUCCCUUCCCAAUUCCCCCACUUGACAGUCCACUAACUGUGCUGGAUUUAUCCACUAAUUUAUCAUCUCCCGCCUGCAAUGCGCAGCUACCUACCCCCUCCCCCAAUCAUCGGUGA